CUUCGUUCUAUUGAACAACGUGAUUUAAGACGUUUAUUAAGUGAAUUUGAAUUAAAAUAUAAAUCUUUAAUGAUUACUAAUUCAAGUAUGUUUAAUGAAAACCAAGCAUUACAUUAUCAAGUUGAUACAUAUAAAGAUACAUUAGAUGAACAUUAUGAAGCAUUCAAUCAAACUAAAAGACAAUUAAAAGAAAAAUGCAAAGAUUUUGAUUUACAAAAACGUACAUUAAUUGAUUUACAAGAGAAUAAUAAUCAAUUAAAAGAAAUUUUAAUUAAUUGUGAAAAAUUAAUUCAAGAAUCAGAUGAAGGACAAAAAUAUUUAUCUGUUUUACCAAUUGAUAUAAAAUAUCAAGAAAUAUUUCUAUUAUCGAAUUCUCUUGCUAAUCGAUCGAUUAAUGAAAAAUUAAAAAGAAUAUUAAAUGAAAAAUACGAACAAGUUGAACAAAUUAUUAAAUUAAAAUUAGAAUUAGAUGAAGCAAAAAAUCUUUUAAGAAUACUAAAAGAACAAACACCGAAUUCAAUUGAUUUACAUCAUCAAAAUAUAAAUAAUAUUUGUGAUUGUGAACAACAAAAACAAUUAAUAAGACAAAUAACCGAUUUGAAUAAUCGACUACAACAGUUAGCAGCUGAUAAUGGAUCAUUACAACAAGAAGUAAUAUAUUUAAUAACUAUUCAAGAAAUUGAGGCUAUAGCAAAAUUUCUUUAUCGCUGGAUAUAA